AUGACCUCCAACAAUUCUAGCACAGGUCACAAUGGACGGUCGAACAGAGGGUCCAAUAUAAACCCAGCGAAUGUGGGUACCAAUAGGCCACGAGCCUCCCAGAGAAGUAUGGGAAACAGUUUCGGUAGCAACAACGGAAGCUGGAACUCUAACAACAUUUGGGGAAGAAGUUUCGAAGACCAACACACCUCGGAUAAUGCCUUUGAAGGCAAGGCUGGUUCAAGCUCCCUAUUGUCAACCUCGGAGUCCGACAGCUGGAACAGCCGGCCCAAUCCUUGGGGAUCCAUCAACACACCUGGUAGCGCACUAACCAGGGGUCCCAACGGCGGCAUGGCUUCUUCGCCUGUUCAGACCCGGGCCAAUGAUCGCAGCGCAGCCUCCUUGUCUGAAACAGCAGAACCUUCCUCGUAUUUUGCGAUUCAGAAGUCGGGAAUGAGCAGCUCUUCUGUUAGCGCAGCCCAUCCACCAUACAUGAAUGGGAGAUCCGAAGGCAUCUCUCCUUCGAGCGACGGUAUAACGCUUGGAGGCUUCACAGGGUUUCGCAGUAACGAUGGCAGAAGACAGGUCAAUACAGCUACAUUUGGCAGCAGCUCUGGGGCUUCGGGCUUUCCAAUGAAGCCCGGUUUCUCCAACCUCGAGAACACCAGAGCGGAAGAGGCGCCUUCCUCAAUGACCAUGCCAGGUCUUUCUCAGCCUCUGACCGAUUUCAUUCCUCAGCACAUGAGCCGGAAUUCUUCUUAUGCGCAUGUCUCCCACAACUCUGCGUCUUUUGUGCCGCACAGACCGGCCCACUCAUCCUACUCGUCGUUCAACUCCGAGACUCAGGGGUUCGAGGGUAGGUCCGGAUCGGUAGACAUCAGUGCGGGGCUUGGCAAAUUACAGCUCAGUGAUGGUGGCAUCGCGGCGCACCCGGCCACGCGGCCGGCUUUUAUGACACAUCAGUCAUAUGACAAUGCUAUGCAGCGGCUGAACUAUCCGGGCGGGAACGAGGACAUCAACUAUCACAUCGCUUCUGGCUAUGGAAAUGAGGAUGUGGCCACAGACUUGUCACUUGCUUAUCAAAGCGCCAGGGCUCGUGUCAUGGAGGGCCAUCCCAUCUCACCAACCGAGUACAAUCGAAUGGAGAGUCCGUUUUAUGCACCUGAGAACGGUCCCCAUUUUCGGAAUCCAUCUGUGAGUCAGCUGUCGGACAAUGCAGUGUUCAUGCGGGUACGGGAACAGCAUCUUCCUCCGCAAUCCGCCGAACCCCUGCAGCGUGUCGCCUUCAAUGCCGGCUACGACGUUAAUGUCAACGGCUACCCAGCAGGACAGAGACUUAAUUCCUUGAGUGGAUUCUACCACCCUGCAGCCCAGCUAAGCGCAGCGAAUCUCGUUCAAAGGGGACAUCGCGAAGACCUAUCUUCGCAGGUUGCGCGGAGCGCUGUUCUCGAGGAGUUCAGGGCCAACAGCAAGGGAAACAAACGUUACGAACUGAAGGAUAUCUACGGCCACAUAGUCGAGUUUAGCGGGGAUCAGCAUGGCUCACGAUUUAUCCAGCAGAAGCUCGAGACUGCGAAUAGUGACGAGAAGGAGCAGGUUUUCCGUGAGAUAUGUGAGAAUACCCUGCAGCUUAUGACUGACGUUUUCGGCAACUAUGUGGUCCAAAAACUGUUUGAGCACGGCAACCAGACUCAGAAGAAGAUUAUUGCCAAUCAAAUGAAGGGACAUAUCCUGGGCCUUUCGAACCAGAUGUACGGGUGCCGUGUGGUGCAAAAGGCCCUCGAGCAUAUAUUGACAGAUCAGCAAGCGUCUAUGGUCAAAGAGCUAGAGCAUCAUGUUCUUCGUUGUGUGCGGGACCAGAACGGCAACCAUGUUAUUCAGAAGGCAAUUGAGAGAGUUCCCUCGGAAUAUGUGCAGUUCAUCAUCAAUGCCUUCAAGGGACAGGUGGAGAAAUUGUCCGCUCAUCCGUACGGGUGCCGUGUCAUCCAGCGCAUGUUGGAGCAUUGCCAAGAAGCCGAUCGUGAAUCAAUACUGGCUGAAUUGCACCCGUGCACAGCCAAGCUCAUAUCUGACCAGUUCGGCAACUACGUCAUUCAACAUGUCAUCGAAAACGGUGAAGAGAAAGACCGGUCGCGAAUGAUCAAUGUUGUCAUCAGUCAGUUGCUGACAUAUUCGAAACACAAAUUUGCCAGUAAUGUGGUGGAAAAAAGUAUCGAGUUCGGCGAAGAAUCUCAACGUCGCCAGAUUAUCGACACGCUGACCAGUGUCAAUGAUCGGGGUGAGAGUCCGCUCAUCGGCUUGAUGCGUGACCAGUAUGGCAAUUAUGUCAUUCAAAAAAUUCUCGGUCAACUUCAGGACUCGUCCGAGGAGAAAUAUGCCCUUACACUGCGCAUCCAGCCGAUGCUCGAUCAGUUAAAGAAGUACAGUUACGGCAAGCAGAUCGUUGCUAUUGAGAAGUUGAUCGCUGGGACCAAUCCCGGUCCCGCAGGGUCUCUGCCUCACGCAGCAACGUCCACCACGCCGCCCAACUCCCAUAAAUCAUCUCCGCAGCCAUCGAAGCGCGCGGUCAAUGGACUCGAGACUGGCCGGGCCCCCGUUGUUGGAGCGGCCCCUCCGACGCCGCCUCCGACUGAUAGUCAAACCGGUGCGGACAGCUCUGCUGAGUACAAGAAUAUUCCCAAGACGACUGUGACCUCAUUGGCUGGAUCGGGACCAGCCCAGGCGGACACGAGCGCCUCCGUCGAAGUUCCUGGUACGACAUAG